ACUAUAUUAGUUUAAAAAAUAUUUCAAAUAAUCGAUCGAAAAACAUUUAACUGAACAAUUUCAGAAAUUGCGGAAGGAUAUUCGGUCCUUUAUUCGCGGUACUUAGCGAGAACAUGUCAUAUAACUCUGAAGAUGGUGAUAGGUCUCGGAAUGAGAGACCACAAAGUGGAGACCGUGGUGAUACCAAAGAGGAGUACAUCCCAGAAGCUGGUGGUCUCAUUGAGAGCAACUGGGAUGAGGUUGUGGACAACUUUGAUGACAUGAACCUCCGAGAAGAGCUAUUGAGAGGAAUCUAUGCCUAUGGAUUUGAAAAACCCUCUGCUAUUCAACAGAGAGCCAUUAUUCCCUGCAUUAAAGGACGAGAUGUGAUUGCUCAGGCCCAGUCUGGAACUGGCAAGACAGCAACUUUCUCCAUCGCUAUUUUACAGCAACUCAACAUAGAGGAGAAAGACUGCCAGGCUCUUGUACUGGCCCCAACCAGGGAACUGGCUCAGCAGAUCCAGAAAGUUGUGAUAGCCCUUGGAGAUUACAUGGGAGCCUCCUGUCACGCCUGCAUUGGUGGAACCAAUGUCAGGGAAGACAUUCAUCGCCUGCAGGCUGGUGUCAACAUUGUUGUGGGAACACCAGGCCGUGUUUAUGACAUGAUCAGCAGAAGGGCUCUAAACCCCAGAAACAUCCAGCUGUUUGUUUUGGAUGAGGCUGACGAGAUGUUGUCCAGAGGAUUCAAAGAUCAAAUCUAUGAUGUCUUCAGGUUUAUGCCCCAGUCCAUACAGGUGAUCCUGUUGUCUGCCACCAUGCCUGCCGAAGUCCUUGAUGUCACCAAGAAGUUCAUGAGGGAUCCUAUCCGAAUCUUGGUCAAAAAGGAAGAAUUGACCCUUGAGGGUAUCAGGCAGUUCUACAUUCAAGUGGAAAGAGAGGAGUGGAAGCUUGACACCCUGUGUGAUCUGUAUGAGACACUUACCAUCACACAGGCUGUCAUCUUCUGUAACACCAGGAGAAAGGUGGACUGGCUCACUGACAAGAUGCUUAGCCGCGACUUCACUGUGUCAGCUAUGCAUGGUGACAUGGAUCAGAAGGAGAGAGACGUUAUCAUGAGAGAAUUCCGCACCGGUUCCAGUCGUGUCCUGAUCACCACUGAUCUGCUGGCUCGGGGCAUUGAUGUACAACAAGUUUCCUUAGUCAUUAACUUUGAUCUUCCCGCCAACCGAGAAAACUACAUUCACAGGAUUGGUCGUGGAGGACGAUUUGGUAGAAAGGGAGUAGCCAUAAAUUUUGUCACCGCAGAGGAUGUACGGACUUUGCGUGAUAUUGAACAAUUUUACAAUACACAGAUUGAAGAAAUGCCCAUGAAUGUAGCUGAUCUGAUCUAAACGUUUGCCACACUUUGGAGUUCUUGUCUUAUUUGCUAGUGAAUUCAGAAAACAUUUUCAGUGCAAUUUAUCUGGAAAUAAAAUAAAUUUAACAGUUGUCUAUGAAAUGUGAGUUGUCGACAAGAAGAAUCGAAUAUUGUGGUAACAGAGAGCAGAAACUCUCCCCCUUUUUAUGUAAUCUGUGACUUUGUAUGGGAAAGUGCUGUAAUAUUGCUGCUUUUGUAACUGUUUAAUUUAUAUUUCUAGAAAUCUGAAGCAGCUCUUGCUCUUUCUUUAUUGAGAAAGAUUUGUCAGAAUUUAAUACAUUAUUGUAACAGGAAUAUUAUUUUUUUUUUUUUCAUAUGAAGUGCAACGUUCUGGUGCAUUAUUGGAAUAGUUCUAAAUAUUUUGUUUUAACUGUAUGGUUAUUGGAACCAUUCUCUUGCUGUUUUGUACCAGGAGAUUUAGUAAAGCUGGCAAUGCACUGGACGUUCUCGUACCGCCAUCUAUUGCUGUGGAACAUCAGCUUUCCACAUCACGAGUGGAAAGGAGUGAAAUCGCAUGAGACAGUAAAACCCCUGACUUUUAUCAGGAAUGUUUAUAUUACAUGUCAUGUGAAAAUAAGCAAUAGAUGUAUUAAAAAAUUCUAUAAUUAUAAA